AUGCCGUCCACCCACAAUGUCCCAACCAACCCAUCGCUCAGCUCAGCUCAGCGCGGUGAUGGUUUCAAGGAUCUCGCCUACGCCGCUUUGGUCGUACCAUCCCUGGUGGCCAUCUCCAGAGGGUCGGUUUGGUGCCAAGUUGGGUUGUGGAGCACCAACACCAUUCAAGCUUGCGGGCGGCAGGGUAAGCUUGCGGGCGACAGGGCAUAA